AGAGUUCUCUUCCUAUCCUUGACUUACCUCAUGUGACUGCUACAGCAUGGAUUACUAGGACAGGAAACGUAGGCAUUAAUUGAUUGAACGGGGUGCCAUACGGGUGUUCCGUUUUAAAUCCGUCAUGAACUCUGAGCACUUCAUCAAUUCCUGGCGCAACGAUCCACUCAAGUUGGAACACUCACGGAAUUCUCCUAUCGUUCCAGUUCCACCCGAACUUGAACUUGAAGUUGAACAACACUGCGACAUGGCGGAUAUGACUCGACACCAAAUAACAUCACUGCCAUUCCUUUAUCCGGAUCCGCUUCCUCACUCCAUAGACGUCAAUCUCCCAAACCGAAGAGUUCAUGCGAACCCUUCUCAUGCCGACUACUUGACUGAGCACAACACCAAAUGCAACGCCAAAUUAACACAUUCAGGCAACAACGAUACAUGGAUUCAUAACCGCAUACAUUCAUAUACACGUACGCACACAGACCUCAUGCAUUACUGGUUAUUAUGAAAUAUUUCUGUACGAUUAGCUAUCAAUCCUGUUUCUAUUACUUUGAUCACGCCUAUACACGCGUGCCUCGCACUGUCGAGAAUAAUUAAUUUGUUUGUUUA